AUGACUCGUGUCCUAGCUGUCAACAGCAAGAAGGAAGCUACAGCCACCUACCUUCAUGCUCCUGGGGCCAGCUCGCACCUUAACACUUGUCGAAACUGGUUUGGUUCUCAGGCCUGGCACCAGGGCGUGACUGCUCACGUGGAGAGGGGUGACUCCGCGGUUGCAGCCUCGCGGCGCGGUCCUGACUCGUCCCCUCGCCUUCUGGGAGGUUCCGCCGCCGCCGCCCCGCGCUGCCCCGCGCCGCCUCGGACCAGCACAACGCCCGCGGAGGGGGCGCAGCUGCCCGCAGCGGUGUCACUGCGCCCGCUCCCUCCUCCCGUAGCAACGACGCCGGCGUCGGUUGCUGGCAGCGGGACCGGCCGCAAGCUGAGGGUUGCAUCACAGCAUUGUUCCUCUGAGAAGAUGGACAAAACAAAGAAGGAUUUGAUGACUUCUCUGGGUAGGAGCCCCAGCCAUCCCAGUACCUCCAGUGAGGCUUCAUGCCAGGACCACAGUCCAGGAAUGACUUUGUUGCUUCCUGAAAGCUGCAACCAGGGGCAAAGAAAAGACUCAGCCUUUAGACCACAGACAUCUUGCUCUGAUAUCUUCAUUCCAGGAGCCUCCAACAUCUCAGAGGAUGUUUGUGCUGGCCCCCGUAUAUACUAUUCUUUGCUGAAUCAGGCAUACAUGGAGGAGCACAUCCCGAGAGUCACAACCUUCAAGAUGCCUGAGGACAUUCAAAGUAUCCUGGACAAGCAAAUGAUUGGACCAACCACUGAGAACCUCAUCAAGUCAGAUUUCCCAGCACAAUCAUUUCGGCCGAAAGUGCAGAUUCCCUUCCAAAGGCUUCCAGGACAGUGCCCUCGGGCGGUUGAAGUAGAGAGGAAAAGACGGCUGUACCUCACCUUCGAUAUUGCUCAGCUCUUGGCCAACAAGGGGAUAGACUCCAAUGAGCUGAUGCCAAGGCGCCUUGACCCUGACAACAUUCCAACUAUUAGGGAGAGGAAAGAUCCUAUCUUCCCUGUCUACCUCCCAUUAAAGGUGUUUGACGAUAAGGACUAUGAGUGUCGAACUCCAGAAGAGUGGAUCUCACUAGGACUGGAGCCAGGUUCUCGGGAUAGAAAGCCAGUGCCUGGAAAAGCACUUUUACCUACAGAUGAUGUGCUGGGACACGAGGACCCCAAAAGCCAGAAGUUAAUAUACAAAUGGAUUGAUGUUGGUAUUCUGGAUUAUGACAAGGAGACAGAGCUCUACUUGGUCCAUAAAACAGAUAAGAAUGGGCUGGUACGGGAUGAAGAGGGGAGAACCAUUCUCAAUGGAGAAGUAACUCCGAAAGGGAGAGCCCCACUGUUGCCAUGUCAGUAUUGGGUGCCACGAGUGUGCCUGUUGUUUCUGGCUGAAGACCCACGGGUGUUUGCAGAGCGUGUAGCUUCUGCUCACAGCUUGCGUAAAAAGACAGAGGCACUGAUAAGGUAUCACUUCUAUGUGGACUGCAUGCCCACAGAUGGACAAAACAGCAUCAGUGAGAAGAGCCUGGAGAAGAUGAAGCUCUUAGCCAUGAGCACUCCCAGACUGAGGAUAGAUGAGAGGGUGUUAGACUGCGUGUGCUGCCUAGAGAAACAAGUGGCAUUAGACUAUGAAUGCACCAUGAACAGGAUCAUCUUUGACAGAGUCGUCACUUCCAAACCUGAGACCUUUUUUUAUGUCACAUUGCCAGACAAAGAGGAGAAAAAAGUACCAGAGGAAGGGCUCAUCUGGAUCCCAGACUACCCUUUUCAUGAACAAAAAGCAAGAUUCAGCUUUGCCUCAUUCCUGACCAGGCCAGAAGUCAUCUUGCUUCUUACACAGGUGAAAAAUGAGUGCAACAAGGCAGCUGCCAUGUCACUGUUUAACUCAACCUUAGCCAAAUGUGUCUGCUUGGAAGAAUUUGAACAGAUCCAGGUCCAGACCUUCUCUCAGGUUAAGAUGUUUCUUGAGGAUACUUGGAUCAAUACUCUAAAGGCUGCAGUAAAGAGCAACCUGGGAAAUGUAGGCAAAGGCUGGUACAACCUGAAGCAAAGACGCUGGGAUGUCUACCAGAUGUCCAAACUACAUAGGCUGAUGAAGCGCAUCACCUUCAUGUGUCAGGACUCCCUGCGCUGUCUGGUCCAGAACUCACUGAUCAGCUUCACCCAGUUUUUGCUGGAUGCUUGCCAUGGUAUCCUGAAUUGCUCAAAGGACAUGGAAUGGGGAGGUGACCUCAUCAAUAGUCCCUACAGAUCUCAAAGGAAUCCACUCUUUGUAACAGACCUUGUGCUAGACAGCUGUGGUGUUCAUUUCAACCCUUCUGUGGAGAGCUUUGAGAGGUCCCUCAUUUCUCUGUUCAACAAAGGAAUCCUGGUGACUCAUGGUGUCCCACAGCUGGAGAAGUAUGUGUUGGACAACCUACAUAUCCCAGGCACACCCUUACUGGACUCAGUGGACUUAAAUGAACCAGAAGUGGAGGAACAGCGUGAGACUGUGCGGUCUGCCUUUCAGAAGGCACUGAUUGCCCUCCAGGCCUAUGCCAAGAGAUACGAGAAGUUCUUGGAGCUAAAUAACAAUGAUGCCCACUACUUCCUGAGAGACUAUGAAGAGCAAUGUCCAUCUGCCCAGGAGGUGAAGAGCAUAGUAAACCUGCAGCUGUCUGAAAAGGAGAACCUGUUCAACACUUUACCCAGCUCUAUUGUCAUUGGUCCCUUUCACAUCAAUGUAGAAGGUGUUAAGCAAAAUCUGUCCAAAAAAUACGAAGCACUUGCCACCUCCAUGUUGGACAUCCUGGCUAAAUCCCUCCAUUUGCAGGUGGUGAAUAUCUGUGGUGUGUAUAAAGAUGUCAGCUGCAAAAUGCAUGAGAAACCAAACAGUAUCGAGGAGUUGGCUGAGCUGCGGGAGUGGAUGAAGGGAGUUCCUAAGCAGCUGGCUGUGCAGGAGAAACUGAUUAGGAAAGUCAUGAAAGGUUACGAGGUCCUGGAGGAAUUCCUUUAUGUCCUUACUGAUGAAGAUUUCAAUGACAAGUGGACUGCAAGUUACUGGCCAGUGAAAAUAGCUAAGCAAGCUGAAUCCGUCCGACUCCAGCACCUGAAGGAUGAACGCAAAUUUCGCAAGCUUCGUAUUGUGAAUUAAAAAGACUUUCAAGAGUACCUGGAAACAAUGUAGCUGAUGGUUUGUGAAUUUUCUGUCCAGGAAGACAUUAACAAAGCCCACGAGUUGGCUAACAAAGCAAGGGAGGUCAGGGAGCAGCUGAAGGAGCUUCAAAAUUUGGCAAUUAUCUACAACAACAGAGAAAGAAUCCUUGGGAUGAAAGUUACUAAUUGUAAGUGUCAGUACAAUAAGCUAGCCAGGAUGGUUAAGAAAUUCCAGCUGUACCACGAUCUCUGGACUACAGCAUCUGACUGGAUGCAGUGGUCUGAGAGCUGGAUGAAUGAUUCUGUCAUGGAAAUUGCAGCUGAGCAGCUGGAAAAGAAUGUCAGUGACUCUUCUAAGACAAUGCAGAGAUGCAUUAAGGAGCUCAAGGAGUCUCCAGCCUGCCAGGAUGUGGCCAUGGAGUUUUGAGACAGGACUGAAGAAUUCAGACUGUACAUACCCUUAAUUCAAGGACUGUGCAAUCCUGAUAUGAGAAAACGACACUGGGAGAUGCUGUCGGAGGAAAUGAACAUCAGUAUCAAGCUGGAGCCCACCCUGACACUUAAUCACUGCUUGGACAUGAAGCUGAUGGACCAUAUUGAGAGCAUUACCAAAGUAGCUGAGAUAGCUGGCAAGGAAUACGCCAUUGAGAAUGCACUCAGCAAGAUGGAGAGCGAAUGGAAGUCUGUUUUAUUUACUGUGGUGCCUUACAAAGACACAGGUACCUUUAUUCUGAAGAGCACCGACGAUGUCUCUCAGCUCCUCGACGAUCACAUUGUCAUGAUUCAGAGCAUGUCUUUCUCACCAUGCAAAAGACAUUUUGAGGAAAGGAUGAGCACAUGGGAAAAUAAUCUGAAGAUGACACAGGAUGUCCUAGAAGAAUGGCUGAACUGCCAGCGCUCUUGUCUCUACUUGGAGCCCAUCUUUAGUUCAGAGGACAUAAAAAAACAACUCCCAUUGGAAAGCCAGCACUACCAGAGCGUGGAUAGGGACUGGAGGAACAUCAUGAACAAUGCCAACAAAAACUGUGAGGUGAUUUCUUUAUGCCCCGAUCCUGCACUGCUAGAGAUACUGCGGGAAUGUAACAAACUGCUUCAACUUGUGCAGAAGGGGCUGAGUGAAUAUCUGGAGACAAAGAGAGCUGCUUUUCCCAGGUUCUACUUCCUUUCAGAUGAUGAGCUGCUGGAAAUACUGUCUCAGACAAAAGACCCCACUGCUGUGCAACCACACCUCCACAAAUGCUUUGAGAACGUUGCACAACUUCUCUUCCAGGAGGACCUACAGAUCACACACAUGUACUCUGCUGAAGGAGAAGAGGUGAAGCUGUAUGUUCCCAUCUAUCCCACUGAUAACGUGGAGGAGUGGCUGCUGGAAGUGGAGAAAUCCAUGAAAGGCAGCGUACAGGACAGCACAGAGGGAGCAGUUGGUGUCUAUCCAGAGACUCCACGAACUACAUGGGUCCUGCAGUGGCCUGGCCAAGUGGUCAUAGCUGGCUGCCAGAUUUUCUGGACAAAGCAAGUGUCUGAAGCUCUGGAAACUGGAGAUUUGUCCAGCAGGCUUUUCCCACAGCUGAGUGCUCAGCUGGGUGAUUUGGUUGCCAUGGUUCGUGGAAACCUGUCCAGGAUGCAGCGUGCAGUGUUGUCAGCUCUGGUUGUGAUUGAGGUCCAUGCCAAGGACGUUGCAGCCAAGCUGAUUGAGCAGAAUGUGACAAGCUUGAAUGAUUUCGAGUGGAUCUCCCAGCUCAGAUACUGCUGGAUGAAGGGGGACCUGUACAUCAGAGCAGUCAAUGCUGAAUUUGUGUAUGGCUAUGAGUAUCUGGGCAACAGUGGCCGCCUGGUUAUCACACCCCUCACUGACAGGUGUUACCUGACACUUACAGCAGCUCUGCACCUGAAAUUUGGAGGAGCACUUGCAGGACCAGCAGGAACAGGCAAAACAGAUUUGGGCAAAGCACUGGCAAUCCAAACAGUAGUGUUCAGCUGCACUGACCAGCUUGACUUUAUGGAAAUGGGGAAGUUUUUCAAGGGACUAGCCAGCUCCAGUGCAUGGGCUUGCUUUGGUGCAUUCAACCGCAUUGAUAUCGAGGUGCUGUCUGUGGUGGCCCAGCAGAUCACAACCAUUCGGAAAGCACAGCAGCAGAGGGUGGAUCACUUCAUGUUUGAAGGCACAGAGAUCCCUCUGGUCCCAUCCUGUGCAGUCUUCAUCACGAUGAACCCAGGGUAUGCUGGGCGCACUGAACUGCCUGAUAACCUGAAGGCUCUCUUUCGUCCUGUGGCUAUGAUGGUCCCAGAUUACUCCAUGAUUGCUGAGAUUUCACUCUACUCCUUUGGGUUUAAUGAAGCCAAAGUCCUUGCAAAGAAGAUCACUACAACUUUCAAACUAUUGUCUGAGCAGCUCAGCACCCAGGACCACUAUGACUUUGGGAUGAGAGCUGUGAAGACUGUCAUCUCAACAGCUGUCAACCUUAAAAGAGAAAAUCCUGCUAUGGAUGAGGAACUGAUCUGUCUGCGGGCUAUCAGGGAUGCCAACGUACCCAAGUUCCUGCAGGAUGAUCUCAAGCUUUUCAAUGGUAUUGUCUCGGAUUUGUUUCCCCAGAUCCAAGAAAAGCCUGUUGAUUAUGGCAUCCUGGAAGAAGCCAUUCGCAAGUCUUGCAUCAAAGAGAAUCUGAAGGAUGUUGAUGGUUUUGUGACUAAGCGCAUCCAGCUCUAUGAAACCACUGUAGUUUGUCAUGGCCUUAUGCUGGUGGGGCCAGCAGGUUCUGGGAAGACAAAGAGUUAUGAAGUCCUGGCAGCUGCAAUGACAUCACUGAAAGGUCAGCCUGCAGCCAGUGGUGGGAAUUACGAAGCAGUCAGCUACUUUGUACUGAAUCCCAAAUCCAUCACAAUGGGCCAGCUUUAUGGAGAGUUCAACUUGCUAACGCAUGAGUGGACAGAUGGGAUCCUUUCCUCACUCAUCCGGCGUGGAGCUGCAGCCACUGACAGCAACAAGAAGUGGUACAUGUUUGAUGGGCCAGUUGAUGCUUUGUGGAUUGAGAACAUGAACACAGUGCUAGAUGACAAUAAGAAGCUGUGUCUUAGCUCAGGGGAAAUCAUCAAACUUUUCCAGAGCAUGACCAUGAUGUUUGAAGUCCAGGAUCUGGCCGUUGCUUCCCCUGCCACAGUCUCCCGCUGUGGCAUGGUUUACCUGGAACCCAGCAUCUUGGGGCUGGAGCCUUUCAUCCAGUGCUGGCUGCAAAAAAUCCCAAGUGUCAUGCAGCCCUUCUCAAGGCAGCUAGCAUCUCUCUUCAGGAGAUUCCUCAGGGAGGCCAUCAGCUUUGUCCGGAACUUUGUGAAGGAGAUUAUUGCCUCAACAGAUAGUAACCUUACAAGGAGCCCCCUCAUGCUCUUGGAAUGUUUGUUUCAGCCUUUCAUCCCCACUAAGGGAAUCAGGAUUAUUUCCCAGGAGAAAGCAGCUCGUAUUGGAGAGCUGAUUGAGCCCUGGUUUAUAUUUGCCUUGAUCUGCAGCAUGGGUGCCACUGGAGAUUUCCAGGGUCAUGUGGCCUUCAGCUUCUGACUGAGGGAGAAGAUGGCAAAAGAAAAGAUCCAGUUGCUUUUCCCAGAAGAAGGACUGGUUUAUGACUAUAAACUGUGUGAUGCUGGGCUUAGCAGUGCUGAAGAUGAUCUAGAUGAGGAGGUCAUUAGAGAGGUGUGCUGGGAGAAGUGGCUGGACCCUACAGCCAAGUUCACCGUGGUUCCUGGUACCAACUUCUGUGACAUUAUUGUGCCCACGAUGAACACAGUCCAAAUGGCCCAUCUGCUAGAGCUGCUGCUCGUGAACCAUAAGCCAGUUCUCUGCAUCGGUCCCACAGGUAGUGGGAAAACUCUUACAGUCACAGACAAGCUUUUGGAGAAGUUGCCUUGCAGGUACAUCACACAGUUACCGAUGUUUUCAGCACAUACCUCUGCUAACCAAACCCAGGAUCUCAUCGACAGCAAGCUGGAUAAGAGGCAAAAGGGUGUGUUCAGGCCUCCAGUUGGGAAGAACUUCAUCUUUUGUAUUGAUGACUUGAACAUGCCCAUGCUGGAGAAGUAUGGUGCUCAGCCACCCAUCGAGCUGCUGCGGCAGUGGAUGGACCACCAGGGCUGGUACGACAGGAGACAGAUCGGUACUUUCAAGAAGCUGGUAGACAUUAGUUUUGUCUGUGCCAUGGGACCUCCUGGGGGGGGAAGGAAUGCUGUCACUCCACGCUUCACUCGCCAUUUCAACUACCUUUCUUUCACUGAGAUGGAGGACAGCAGCAUGAAAACUAUCUUCUCCACCAUCCUUGGCAGCUGGAUGGAUGGACUCCUGGGAGAAAGAAGUUACAGCGAUCCUGUGCCAGGAGCACUUGCAGUCAAAGACUUGAACCAGCCCUUGGUGGAUGCCAGCAUCCGUGUGUAUUUGACCAUCACAUCCCAGCUGCUGCCUACUCCAGCAAAGUCACAUUACACAUUCAACCUGAGAGACUUCUCCAAGGUGUUCCAAGGCAUGCUCAUGGCUGAGCCCAGCAGUAUCGAGAACAAGCUGCACCUGCUGAGGCUGUGGUACCACGAGAGCUGCCGGGUGUUCUGUGGUCGCCUGGUCAGCAAGGACGACCGGACCUGGUUUGACAACCUGAUGAAGAGUAUGAUGGAGGAGUUAGGCACCACGUUUGAGGAAGUAGUCCCCUCCCAGCCAGUUCUGUUUGGGGAUUUUAUGGAGCCAGGUGCCAGUGUCAAAUUGUACAAAGAAAUCUUCAGCCAGGAAAUGCUGAAGGUUGUGAUUGAGGAUUACCUGGAAGAGUACAAUCAGGUGCACACCCCGGAGCUGAAGCUUGUGCUUUUCAUGGAUGCAAUACAGCACAUCUGCCAAAUCAGCUGGAUCCUACGGCAGGCUCCAGGGAAUGCUCUUCUCCUGGGUGUUGGGGGAAGUGGGAGGCAGUCUCUCACCAGACUGGCAUCUCACGUGGCAGACUGUGAGUGUUUCCAGAUCGAGCUUUAAAAUGACGGCGUGAGUGAGUGGCGAGAUGACGUGAAGAAGGUCAUGAUGAAGGCAGGCCUUGAAAGUCUACCCAAGACAUUCCUCUUCGUAGACACACAGAUUAAAAAUGAAUCCUUCCUUGAGGACAUCAACAGCCUGCUCAACUCAGGUGACAUUCCCAACGUUUACAACCCUGAUGAUCAAGAGCAGAUCAUGACAGCUAUGAAGGCUGUUGUGUGAGAUCUGGGGCAGCAGCCCACCAAGGCAAAUCUGAUGGCUGCGCACGCAGGACGGGUUCGCAGCAAUAUCCACAUGGUGCUGUGCAUGAGCCCUGUUGGAGAACUCUUCCGUGCACGCCUGAGACAGUUCCCCUCUCUUGUGAGCUGCUUCUGGUUUAACGAGUGGCCUGCUGAAGCCCUGCAGUGUGUUGCCUUCUCUUUCUUGCAUUAGAUUCCACAUCUUGAUGCCAGCACUGAAGAUAUCGAUGGGAUGAUUCAAGUAUGUAUAGAAAUUCAUCAGAGUGUGGCAAAGAAAUGCCAAGUGUACCUGGCAGAGCUGGCCAGACACAAUUAUGUCACUCCUAAAAGCUACCUCGAAUUCCUCAGCAGCUUCAGUUCCCUGAUUGGAAAGAAGAAACAAGAGCUGAUAACAGCCAAGAACAGGAUGAAAGGUGGCCUGGAUAAGCUCCUGCAAACAGCAGAUGAUGUAGCAAGGAUGCAGGAGGAGCUGGAGUCUGCCCGCCCUCUCCUGGCACAGGCAGCCAAGGACACUGUGGCAACCAUGGAGCAACUGCAGGUGGACACAGUUGUGGCUGAAGAGACAAAACGCCAUGUGCAGGAUGAGGAGAUGAAGGCCAAAGCAAAAGCUCAAGCAGCCCAAGCCAUUGCAGAUGAUGCUCAGAAAGACUUGGCUGACAACAUCACUGGGGACGUGCUGCUUGCAGCUGGCUUUGUAGCCUACCUGGGCCCUUUUACAGGACCCUACCAUGUGGCACUGUGCAAGGAGUUGCUGGGGCAGCAGUCAGAAAACAGCAUUCCUCACAGCAAGGAGCCAAACCUGAUCAGCAUCCUUGGAGACCCCAUGGAAAUCCGCUCUUGGCAGAUUGCUGGCUUACACAGUGACACCCUGUCUGUGGAGAAUGGGGUAAUAACACAGUUCUCACAGCGCUGGACUUAUUACAUAGACCCCCAAGGACAAGCAAACAAGUGGAUCAAGAAUCUGGAAAAGCAGAACAACCUGGAGGUGGCCAAACUGGGUGACCAGGACUUCCUCUGCAGUCUGGAAAAUGCCAUUACCUUUGGGAAGCCCUUCCUGCUGGAGAACCUUGGUGAGGAGCUCGAUCCAGCCCUGGAGCCAGUCCUGCUGAAACAGACCUACAAACAGCAAGGCAGCACUGUGCUGAAGCUGGGGGACACAGUGAUCCCCUAUCAGGAGAGUUUCAAGAUGUACAUCACCACCUGCCUACCCAACCCUCACUACAGCCCUGAGAUCUCAGCAAAGCUCACCAUCAUUAACUUCACCCUCUCACCCAGUGGCUUGGAAGACCAGCUGCUGGGAGAAGUGGUGGCUGCAGAACGUCCUGACUUAGAGGAAGCUAGAAACCAGCUAAUUGUUAGCAACGCUGAGAUGCACCAGGAGCUGAAGGAGAUAGAAGACCAGAUCCUGUUUCGGCUCAGCACUUCUGAGGGAAAUCCUGUAGAUGAUUUGGAGCUCAUCAAAGUGCUGCAGGCAUCCAAGACCAAGGCAGGAGAGAUCCAGUGCAAGGUAAAGGUGGCAGAGCAGACAGAGAAGGACGUGAACACCAUCCGCCUGCAGUAUGUGCCUGUGGCUGUCCGCUCACAGAUCCUCUACUUCUGUGUCUCAGACUUGGCCAACGUGGACCCCAUGUACCAGUUCCUUGAGUGGUUCCUCAAUAUCUUCCUAAUGGGGAUCAGCAAGUCUGAGAGAGCAGACACACUGAAGGAGCGGAUCGUGAACAUCAACAACUACAUCACCUUCAGUCUGUACAGCAAGGUGUGCCACAGCCUCUUUGAGAAGCACAAGCUCAUGUUUGCUCUCCUGGUCUGCAUCCGCAUUAUGAUGAAUGAUGGGCUGAUCGACAUGGAUGAGUGGCAGUACCUGCUGUCAGGAGGGACCAUAAAGGAGAUGAGGGAGAACCCAGCUCCAUCCUGGCUGUACGAGAGAGCGUGGGCAGACAUCCUGGCCUUGAGUAAUCUGAAGAACUUCUCUGGUUUUGACAGUGAUUUUGCAGCCAACCAGAAGUUUCAUUUUGAGAAACAGAAGCAACAAGAUCGCAGAGGCCUGGCUCCAGCUGGCUCUUCUACCAGGUUCCAGCAGGAACUGACCCCAUUUAAGGAUACUUCCUCACAAGCUGAGCACCUCUUCUCCCUUCUCCCUUGCCCACAGGUCACAGAAUUUAAAUCCUUGCUACUGUCACUUUGCUUCUUCCAUGGGACCAUGCUAGAGAGGAGAAAGUUUGGGCCUCUGGGGUUCAACAUCCCCUACGAGUUCACAGAUGGGGACCUCCGCAUCUGCAUCAGUCAGCUGCAGAUGUUCUUGAGCGAGUACACAGACAUCCCGUACAAGGUUCUGAAAUACACAGCUGGGGAGAUCAACUACGGCGGCCGUGUGACUGACGACUGGGACAGGCGCUGCAUCAUGAGCAUUCUGGAGGACUUCUAGCCCGAGGUCCUGAUGCCCAGCUUUGCCUAUUCUGAGUCGCAGAUCUACAGGCAGAUCAGUGCCUCCUCUGACCUCCAAGGCUACCUCCAGUACAUCAAGAGCCUGCCACUCAACGAUCGCCCUGAACUCUUUGGUUUACAUGACAAUGCCAACAUCACCUUCGAUCAGAAUGAGACUUUUGCACUGCUGGGUGCCAUUAUGCAGCUGCAACCCAAGACCUUCACGGUGGGAGGCUACAGCAGGGAAGAGCGCAUGGAGGAGACCUGCAAGGACAUCCUGGCAAAGCUGCCUGCUCCUAUGGACUUGGAGGAGGUGAUCCAGAAAUAUCCACUGCUCUAUGAAGAGUCCAUGAACACAGUGCUGGUACAGGAGGUGAUCAGGUACAACAGGCUCCUGGAGGUCAUUGCUCAGACACUGAGGGAUUUGCUGAAAGCUCUCAAAGGCCAGGUUGUGAUGUCUUCUCAGCUGGAGUUGAUGGCCAGCAGCUUGUACAACUACACUGUGCCAGAGGUGUGGAAUGCCAAGGCAUACCCAUCGCUGAAGCCCUUGGCAUCCUGGGUGAACGACUUGGUGCAGCGGAUUGAGUUCCUGCAAAGAUGGACCAGCCGGGGGACCCCCUCCGUGUUCUGGAUCAGUAGGUUCUUCUUCCCACAGGCCUUCCUCACCGGGACGCUGCAGAACUUCGCUAGGCACUCUGCCAUCUCUAUCGACACCAUCUCCUUUAGUUUCAAGGUGAUGGAGUCAGUGAGUGAGCUCACAGAUCCGCCCAGCCAUGGCUGCUACAUCCACGGCUUGUUUCUGGAAGGUGCCCGCUGGGACCCUGCUAUGUUCCAGCCCGCAGAGUCCUGCCCCAGGGAGCUCUAUACAGAGAUGGCUGUCAUCUGGCUGAUCCCUGUCCCCAACCGAAAGCCUCCAGCCACUGGCACCUACCUGUGUCCUAUCUAUAAGACUCUAACUCGAGCAGGCACGCCGUCAAUAACAGGCCACUCCACCAACUAUGUGAUUGCUGUGGAGAUCCCUACAGACAAGCCACAGAAGCACUGGAUCAAACGAGGUACAGCCUUGAUCGUGCCCUGGACUUCUAGACAGAAAACACAACACAAAAAUCAUCCCAUCUGAGGGCCUGAGCUGGGGCCUCCACCAUCCUGCACUGGGGAAGGCAGCAGGAGCCACUGAGCUGUCAAUAAAUUGAGCUUGACUCCA